AUGAAUGACGACGGCGGCAUCCUGGCCCCGGACCAGCUUACACUGGGCGUGACAGUCGACAACCCCACCCCAUCAACUGCUGCCGUCGCGACCAUGGAUCCUGCAGCUGGCGCCGGCCAAGAUGCUGGCAAUGUCGACGCGGGCAUGAUCGAGGUCGCCUCUCCGCGUUUCGAUGACUUUCAAUUUUCGCCCUACCCGGGCUUGAACGAUGACGGCAACACGAUCGUUGCCCUCACAGAUGACUCUACAAAUUUGUUCGCAUCACCAUCGCCCGCAUCUGUGCUCCCUGGGGGUGCACUUGUCGACAGCACGGACGCGGCAGUCUUGGAGACGGGGCCCGCUACCCCCAACACUGCCGAACCUGCUCCGACCGAGACCGGAGAGCAGCAGCCGACAGCAGCCGAACCUGGCGGACCAAAGACGAAGCCGAAAACAUCAAGCACGACCAAAGCCGCCAAGGCGAAACCAUUUUCUUCACAGACUCAGGACGACAACGCGUCAUCCAAGUCAUGCCAAGCUGGUACGGAAGAGGCUGCAUCCGACGAUGGUAGCCAAGGUAGCAGCGAACACGACCACGGGGCGUCCUUGCUGGAAGAGCCCAUCUCAGAUGAGUUUGGCCUGGUACUGAAUGAUCCAGCCUCCAUGGAGGUGCGCGGGGCUGGUGGUAGUGGUAGCGGCAGUGGAGGCCACCGUCCAUCGUUCUUAGGCAAGGACGAAAGAACGGGCAGUGCUGACGCCACCCCAGCGUGGAGCGAGCUCAAGACCAAGGCGGGAAAAGAGCGCAAGCGGCUCCCUCUUGCCUGCAUAGCUUGUCGCAGGAAGAAGAUCCGGUGCUCUGGCGAGAAACCUGCCUGCAAACAUUGUCUGCGCUCCCGCACCCCAUGUGUCUACAAAGUCACGGCCAGAAAGGCAGCACCCCGCACCGACUACAUGGCCAUGCUCGACAAACGCCUCAAGCGCAUGGAAGACCGCAUUAUCAAGAUCGUCCCCAAGGCUGAACAGGACCCCGCUGUUAUGACGUCGGUUAACCGUGCUGUAGUCAAGCCGGGUAUCCCAGGAGCGGGCGCAUCGGGCGCCACUAACGGGACGACCUCCGCGUCUAGUGCUUCCAGCGGAAAGGGGUCUUCGAGCAAGAAGCGUGUGGCCGACGAGGCGUUUGGGCCCGAGCUGGAUCAUUGGGCUCGCAUCGGCUCCAAGAACCGGACCGGCAGCGUGGCUCGCCCGCAUACCAUGCUCUUGCAACAGGAAUCUGAAGAGAACAAGCUCUUCCAAGAAGGCGCCGACGCUCUUCCGUCCCGCGAACUGCAAGAGCACCUGGCGGAGGUGUUUUUUGAAAACAUUUACGGCCAGGCUUACCAUCUCCUCCAUCGGCCGAGCUACAUGCGGAAACUAAGCUGGGCGCUUGGCGGCCAGGCCAUUCGCAUGGCCUUUGCACUGCAGCUGCACAAAGAUCUCGAGCGCGACCCAUUUCCUCUUCCGGGCGGUGCACCAUUGAGCUUUAUCGACCGUGAAAUUCGACGACGGACAAUGUGGGCGUGCUUCCUGAUGGACCGGUUUAAUUCCUCUGGAACAGACCGCCCGACGUUUGUCAAAGAAGAGUCAGUGAAGAUUCAACUGCCCAUCAAGGAGAAAUACUUUCAGCUGGACAUGCCUGGCUCGACAGAGAAUCUGGCCGGCCAGCCCGUGACACCGACAGCGGCCGACAUGGGAACCGACGACGGCCAGCUCUUUGACGCCAAAGACAACAUGGGGGUGGCGGCAUACAUGAUCCGGGCCAUCGCCGUCUGGGGCCGUGUUAUCAACUACCUCAACCAGGGCGGCAAGGAGCUGGACCCGCACCCUAUGUGGAGCCCCGAGUCCGGCUACACGAAACUUGCCAAGCAAGUUGACGAGAUGCUCUCGAGCUUGCCGCCGUCCCUGACCUUUUCGACCGAGAAUCUGCAGCUGCACGAAGCCGAGGGCAUGGCAAACCAGUUUUUGUUUCUGCACAUUGCGAUCCACCAAAACAUUUUGUUUAUGAACCGCUUUGCCGUGUCGUCGCCCACUGGGAACUCGAUGCAGGACGCUGUCCCCAAAUCUUUUGUCACCAAGGCUGGUGCAAAGGCCUUUGCAGCUGCCAACCGCGUAUCCGAACUCCUCAAAGAUGCCGAGAGCUUCCUCGUCGCCGCUCCCUUUGUCGGGUACUGUGCAUUCUUGUCCAGUACUGUCCACAUCUUUGGCAUCUUCUCUGGCAACCCGGCCAUGGAGGCGCCGUCGAAGCGCAACCUCGCCACCAAUGUCAAGUUCUUGUCCAAAAUGAAGCGCUACUGGGGCAUGUUCCACUUCAUGGCCGAGAACCUGAGAGAGCAAUACCGGUCGUGCGCGGAUGCGGCGCGUCAAGGCACCCCUGCCAACGAGAACGCAGCUGCAUCGUCACCCAUCUUCCAGUACGGCGACUGGUUCGACCGGUACCCCCACGGCGUGUCGAAUUCCGACUUUGGCGACGCGGCCUCUUACAAGAAGAAAGAAAGGGGGGACGAUGCCGUGCUCGAGCAAAAGCCCGAGCUGCACACGGUAGAGGAGUUCUUUGUUGCUGUGGCCCCGCAAAAUGCUGACGGUCACGCAGGACCAGGUGCUGGUGGUGGUGCAAACGGCAACCAGCCCGGACGAGACGGAGCUGCGGCUGGCGGUAGGACUGGCUCAAACGCAAAGAGAAAGUCCGUGGCUAAGAAGGGAUCGAGCAGUGCGGUGUCGUCUCGUACCACGGAACAGCAGCCAGUCGACCCGGGUAUGGCCGAUCUUGGGAAUCACCCCCGGGCCCAAGGGAUGCAUCAUGGGCGGCACUUUUCGGGCUCACUGAGCGGCCAAUCGGGAGCGCCAACCAAUUUCAACCCGAUGCCCAUGCCACAGUCGCAGGCUGCCGCAUCCUUCCAUGCGUCGAUGACACCUAUUAGCCCGGUUAAUGUCAACCCCUUCGCGCAUCCCCACCACCCACAACAUCAGCAUCAGCAACAACAGCAGCAACAGCAGCAACAGCAGCAGCAGCAAGCCUUCUACCAACAUGACCUGCUGGCACUGUCCCUGGCACAGCAAAACGGUGGCAUCAUGCCACAACUCGACCGUCAACUUGUCUUUGGCGCCUACGGUGGUAGUCUGGAUGUUACUGGCGCUUCCGCUAUAAAUGGCGGACACGGUCCAUUGGAUAGCAUGGGUUGGGAUGCCUCCGGCUCAGGAGGUGGCAGCGGCCGUCAGAGAGGAAGCGGUCAGGGCACGGGACCAAUGGCUGGUGGAGGUGAUCAUGCUGUGCCUUCCGGCGUCGCUGUGAUGCAUCCAUUUGGCCAUCCGCAGGAGCAGUCGUCGGCAUGGUUCAUGCCCUUUAACAUGGAGCCUCCCGAAAUGGGCCAAGACCUGUCCGGCAUGAGCGGUUUGGACCAGUUUGCCGGCAUCUUUGGUAACAACAACGUGGCACCUGGAGGUGGCAACGGCGGCCUCGGCGGCCUGCACCAUGGCAGUGGAUAG